AUGCUUGGCAACCAGGCUGAAAACGAACUGAAGAAAACACUUGCACAAAAGGAACCUACAUUUGCAGAAAUUGCGCACUGCCUUACGGAGUUUCGCGUGGCUUGUCAAAACGCCAUAUUCCUCGAUUUCAACGCUGCCGCGUCCGAAAAAGCAGAAAUUCGUCUAUGGGAGGCUCAUCUCAAGAUCAAUAAGCGCUUUCGCAAUCUCCUGGCUCGAUUCCGGGACGAGGCAGGCAAGAAAAAGCCAGUCGAAAAGAGAAAGCAUGAAAAGCACUACCUCGAGUUUAUAAAACUCAGUCAGAAGUUCUACCGAGGGUACAUCCAGCGUCUAUCCUCACAUUAUGACGGUAUCCCAGAGCUGGAACAGGUAGCGAGGAAGUUCAGCUUCGAAAAGCUCUCCGUUGAAACCCCUGUCGAACUCGAUUCAGGCCUUAGCAGAAAAAUACUCCUUUCAUGCCACGCUACGCUGAUCCGUUUGGGUGAUCUCUCCCGUUACCGUGAGACAGAACUUGUCUCCGGUAAACAACGCAACUGGGGACCUGCAAUAGGUUACUAUGACCUAGCUAGCAUCAUUUACCCGGCUUCCGGGGCCUCCCACAACCAACUCGCUGCAAUCGCAAUGGAGGAUGUCAACCAUCUCAGAGCUACUUACCAUUUGUACCGAGCCUUGUCGGCUCAAGAACCUCACCCUACGGUUAAGCGUAAUUUGGAAAUUGAAUUCAAGAAGAUAUUGGGUGCUUGGGCUAAGAGGGAACUGAUUCCACGCGAAGACGCUGGAAUUCCAGGGAAAGCCCUUACUCCGUGGUUCGUGUAUCUUCACGCCCAAUGCUACAAGGGUCUGGAUUUUCAGGAACAUGACGAGCUAGAGAACGAGGUUCUUAGUCAACUAGCCGUUGAUCUCAAAGAACGGUCACUCGAAGGUAUCCUUCAGAAGUUUGUUUUGAUCAACAUUGCAGCAGAAGAGUUCGCCAAAGUCAGAUCGAGUGACGAGCCAACUCAUAAUGCACAGCUAUUUUUUCAAAGAAUCAACGUGAAGACAUUUUUUACACUCCUACAGAUUCUUCUGGCUGAACUAGAGCGCUUUGCGAGUGAGGACAGCGAUUCUAGAGAGUCUCAACAUGGUUCCGACAAAGUUACUGCUGUUGCACGCCGGGUUCUGCCCGCUCUUCGAAACUACAGCUCUUGGUUGCUGACCAACUGCGGCUCAUUAGAAGCCCAGAAGCAGGAUAAAGAUUCUGUUCUUUCCGUCCAAAUUCAAGAGCUCUGGAAAAUCUACGCAAAUACGUUGACAUUGUUGGCAUCGACUUUCGACGUCACGAGUCUUCCAGAAGUGGAAUAUCUUCUUGAAGAAGACGAGGAGACCCUUGGCUUUAAACCACUACUCAACAAUGCUACCAGUCGGCGGUAUUUGUCCGAAACAGGAGACAAAAAUAAACCAAGAAUGCUUGAUCCAGGCGUCGAGAGGAAUCAUCCUAAUAUUGAGAUGCUGUAUCGAAUCCGCGAGUUCGUUAUUGACGGGCUAGAUCUGGUUGUUAGUGGUCGUAUCCCAGUCGCGCUUGUUGAUGAGAAUGAGCGGAAGAUUUUUAUCUAUCAGGAAGAGGGAAUCCCUUCUCAAUUUUACGCGAGUCCGCAAGGGCAUCAACCCACAAUGUCAUCAACGAGUGUUCAAAGGGAAGAAAUACGCAAUGCGCAACAAGCAAAGAAACCCACGACAGAGACACGGAGUGCCUUUGGUGGUUCUCAGUCAGCUUCCGUUUCAGUGUCGACAAACUUCAACCGUAUCGUUGAAGGCGUCGAGAAACUGGUCGAGUCAGACACCUAUGAAGCACCACCGGCGAUGCCCCAGCUCCCUGAAAUCUUGCAGCCAACUCAAGUCGCAACGAACUAUCCCAAUGGGAUCAAUCUACUUCCUCAACACGGCUCGUAUCAAACGCCAAUUGUACCCCCUGGGCUCGGAUUGCAGGCUUCUCCAGCCCAGCCUCAACCGUACUCUCCGCUCUUUACGGGCUCGAGUAUAUGGAGCCCUAAUCACCCGUCUCUAUCUAACAAUGACAUUAACCCCCAGCGAAGACCCGAAAUAGCCCUAUCGGGGCUCGGUUCUCAAUCUCGCAUGAUGUCCCCGGGAAUACAGGAUGGCUUCUUAUUGGAUGCAACAAGCGCUACCCAGACUGCCAUGCGACAGGAGUUACUGUUGCAACAAAGGGAGAUUCAAGAGCGAUCAUCAUCGCAGGUCAUAUCAAAUUGGACGCCAUCUAUUCCAACCACACCGUCUAUUCCAGCCACACAUGAUCGACCUCUAUAUGGCUCGUUAGCGCACUACAAUACCUAUUCUCAGCCAGCGCCAAAUAGCUCCGUUUUUCCGUCUUCGCACGAUCAUGCCUUUAUUGGGUCAACCGCGUCUCUAUUUCCCACCUCUGACGGUCGACAGAGUUCUCAGGAUAGUCCCAGUCGAUUUGGUGCUAUAGGCCAACAGACUCCGCCUUGUGGACAAGCGGGAUGA